AUGAGGCCGCUCCUCCUCCGACACACCUCGGUCACAUCGCUUUCCAUCAAGCACGCCCUCCUCUUCUUCCGCCCAGCCUUGUCGCCCAGCCGUCUCAUCGCCACCAUGUCCUCCUCCAACUCAUCAUCGUCACCAUCAUCAUCACGAACCUACGCCGACGCCCUCGCUCUCCUCAACACCCUCAUCCCCAACCUCAAGAUCCACGCCCUCUUCGGCUCCAAACCCAAAGACCCGGAACCUCAAGAUGCUACCACUACUACUACUACCACCACCACCUCCACCACCUCCACCAACCCAAAACCCCCUCCCGCCGACCCGAACCUCCUCGCCAUCCCCGAGAUGCGCGCCUGGCUCCUCCGCGCCGGCCUGACCCCGGACCGCCUCUCGACCCUCUCCUACAUCCACGUCGCCGGCACAAAAGGGAAAGGCUCCGUCGCGGCCCUCACCACCUCCGCCCUCCUCUCCUCCCCCUCCCGCUCCGUCGCCGGCCGCGUCGGUACCUACACCUCCCCGCACCUCGUCACCCCGCGCGAGCGCAUCGCCAUCGACGGCCGCCCCGUCGACCAGGCCCUCUUCGCCGCCGCCUUCUUCGAGCUCUGGGACGCCCUCUCCGCCGCGCCCGCCGACGACGCCCUCGCCAUCCCCGCCGGCUCCAAGCCCUUCUACUUCCGCUUCCUCACCCUCCUCGCCCUGCACCUCUUCCUCCGCGAGGGCGUCCGCUCCGUCGUGCUCGAGUGCGGCAUCGGCGGCGAGUACGACGCCACCAACGCCGUCGUCCUCCCGCCCGCCUCCUCCUCCUCCUCCUCCUCCUCCUCCUCCGGCUUCAGUCCCGUCACCGCCGCCGUCGUCACCCAGCUCGGCGUCGACCACGUCGCCAUGCUCGGCGACACCCCCGAGGCCAUCGCCUGGCACAAGGCCGGCGUCAUGAAACCCGGCGUCGCCACCUUCACGAGGUGCCUCGACGCCCAGCCCGCCGUCAUGGCCGUCCUCCGCGCCCGCGCCCGCGAGAUCGGCGCCGAGCUGGUCGAGGUGCCCGACGACGACGUCCGCGCCUGGUCCGGCGUGCCGGGCGCCAAGCUGCCGGGCGGCGACUUCCAGAAGAGGAACCAGGCCCUCGCCGCCCUCGCCGCGACCCGCCACCUGCAGGUCCUCGAGGCGCGAGGCGUAGACGCAGGAGCAGGACCGGGAGCGAAGACGGCAACGGUGCCGCCGCCGCCUCGGCUCCGUGACAUGUCCGAGACCAUCGUCGACGGGCUGCGGGAGGCGACGUUGCGCGGUCGGCACGAGGUCAUCGAGCGGGCCGGCGUGUCGUGGCACCUCGACGGCGCCCACAACGCCGACAGCCUUGCCGAGGUGGCGCGCUGGAUGGCGCCCGUCGUGGCCGAACGCCGCCCGGACGCCGACUUCGUGCUCGUCUUCAACCAGCAAGAGCGCGACGCCUCGGCGCUCCUCCUGGGCCUCUUGAGGGAGAUGGAAGCCGCCGGCGUCGACGUCCGGUCGAGGCUGCGCAGCGCCGUCUUCACGAGGAACGACAGGGCCGGCGACGCCGAGAACGCCGACGUCGCCGUCCAGGAGAAGUGUGCCGCGGCAUUCCGGGAGGCGUAUCCUACCGUCGACGCCCUCGUCUGCCGGGACCUGAUCGAGAUGAAGAACGCCAUCGACGCCGUAGCCGCCACCACCACGACGGAGGCGCAGAACAUCAGAGUCCUCGUCACGGGCAGCAUGUAUCUCGUCGGCAACGUCAUCGGCCUGCUGGAGCCGGAAGGGCUACUGUGA